AUGACAGUGACAACUGCCACUGUCAGUUCUGAACUUUGGCCCCUACAUGAUGCAAUGGAGAACGGUCAUAUGUGUCUAUCAUUGUCAACCGGAAACACUAUGCUGGUUAAGUGCAGUCCGGCGUCACCCGGAAUACACACAACUAUCGGCAAUGCGAACAAUAGUAAUACAGAGCCUAUGCAGAUAUCUACAAUCACCACCACCACCACCACCACAACAACAACAACAACAACAACCUGCUCGGCUUUGAGUACCCUGAUGCAAUUGGCCAAUUUCCCCAGCUCCUUCCUGCCUGGUUCCCGCCGAACUGCCUCUGAAUUGGACCAUGACGUCAACGAUACGGUACGAUGCACCGGCUGUCGAAGUCUUAUACUGGACCCGUUUUAUCAUCGUGUUGUGGAUCAGUCAUGGCAUCAAGCCUGUCUACGUUGUUUCACAUGUGGAAUAUUGCUAUUGGAUAGAUGUUACACCAAAGAAGGACAAAUGUAUUGCCGUGCUGAUUUCCCCCACCACCCCACAACAACAACAACAACAACAACCUGCUCGGCUUUGAGUACCCUGAUGCAAUUGGCCAAUUUCCCCAGCUCCUUCCUGCCUGGUUCCCGCCGAACUGCCUCUGAAGUGGACCAUGACGUCAACGAUACGGUACGAUGCACCGGCUGUCGAAGUCUUAUACUGGACCCGUUUUAUCAUCGUGUUGUGGAUCAGUCAUGGCAUCAAGCCUGUCUACGUUGUUUCACAUGUGGAAUAUUGCUAUUGGAUAGAUGUUACACCAAAGAAGGACAAAUGUAUUGCCGUGCUGAUUUCAUGCGACAAUACGGUCCAAGGUGCACCGCGUGCCGCAAGACCAUCCAAGCUUCGGAGCUCGUUCAUUUUGCCCGCAGUUCAAUCUUCCAUGCCGCGUGUUUCCGCUGUAAUAUCUGUGAUCAUCAGUUUAUCGCUGGAGACCAACUAUGUCUGGCUCGUGGCGACCAGUAUGUGAUAUGUCAAGAACAUUACACGGCACCCCCGCCAACUGGACGUAUGGCGAUUCAGCAAUUGGUGGAACGGUCAGAAGGUGCCGUCUCAGACUUCCAUUUGAGCAGUGUCCGACCCUUGACCCCAAGCACACCCAGCUUCAAUUCCUGUCGACAAUCCAGCACCUCCAUUGAAGGAUCAAUGGAGAAGGAGAACCGAGCUCAAGUCCUGGAAGACGAUGCAGGAACAAUGGCCUCCUCAGCAGAGGACGGUAGUUUCCGUAAAACAUCGCCUUCCCCAGUAUCGUCACAAUCCAGGCUUAUGCAGAUACACAAUAGACUGCCCAAGCGUGAAUCUGGCAAGUCGCUUCGGAUGUACGCACACAGCCAAAGUCUGCAAACACCUCCCUCAAAUCCGACCUACCUCGCCACUUACCUGAAAACAUUUACGCCUCGAAACCGUAGUGAGAAAGAAGCACCAUCACUGAUGGACGGCCUUACCACCAGACUAAUUAGCAUUUUAGAUUGA